AUGGAGGCGAUUCACGGCACGCCGCUCUUCGACAGGCUCGUGCCGUCGUGGAAGGAGAGACCUUUGGACGCAUUUCCCUCCAAAGGGGAGAACGAUGCGGCAAGGUCGCCUCCAUCUCGACAUUCGAUUCCGAACGAAUCCCCCUCUGGUGGGACAGCGCCAACUUCCUCUGGUCUCGCACCCUGCGCCUCUCCCGACCGCGAGGUCUUCACGCCGCCACCUUGUGCGUCUUCUCUCUCUUCUUCUCCUUCGUCUUCUCCCUCUUCUUCUCUCUCUUCUUCUCUCUCUUCUUCCGUCUCUUCUUCUGUCUCUUCUUCUCUCUCUUCUUCUGUGUCUGCCUGCCCAUCGGGGGUGUGGUCGGCGCCACAUCGGCGGUGGUGGUGGCGUAAGCCCGAGAAGCGCGUGAACGGUGAGGAAGGCGAGGAAGCACAGGAGAAAGGAGACGCGACGAAGGAACGCGAGGAAGGCAGAGAGCCGGCGGAGAAGGACGACUUCCGGCAGGGGCCGUUCGGACCCUGGCUGCGUCGGGACGGACCGGCUGAAGCCGGCCGGCCAGGAAGCGCCUUGGACGCAGUCGCUGGAGGCUUCCAAGUGGGAAGUCGAGACGCUCGCGACCAGCGAGUGCGUCCGCUUCAGCCAGACAGUCAGGGGAGUAGCCCAGGCCUGCAGGCAGUUUCUGCUGGACACGAACAAGACGCAAAAGAGGAAACGCGGCGUGGAUGGUGGAGGCCUUUCUACGGACGGAGAGAGAGAGAGGACUCUGUGGGGAAGAAGAGGCGCGAGGGAGGAGAGCCGCCGCAGGCGCUCGCGGGCGGCGAACGCGCGUCGAGCGAGGAGAACCGAAGCGACGUGUCCUGGUCAGAGUUGGUGGCCGAGGAAGAAAACAGAGCCCGCGCGGGAGGAGGUGAAGACGGUCCCCGCGGCCGCCGAGCCCCAGGGGACCGGCAGACUGCAUGCGAAGGCGCCAUGGAGCGGCCCGCCGGCAGAGGAGCCGAAGAGGCGGGGAACAGGCGAAGAGACGCCACGCGCUACGGAGAUGAAACCGACGGAUGGAGAAGAGAAGGAAGGCGAGGCGCUGGAGACGGCGAAGCCUCUCGGAUUUUCCCGGGUUCCGCGCCUGCCCAGCCUCCUUUGUGGGCGCCAGCGGAGGCUCCCCACUACGCGCAGAGAGACCAGAAGGGACGAGACGUCGACGCGAGACGUCCAUCGCGCGAAGACACAGGUGAACGGGAAGACCACCUGACUCCCCCCGCCGGCCCUCACCCCACAGACCUUUAUUUCGAGCACCGUCGCCACGCUCAGAUGCUCUGGUACUACCAUCAGUGGUACCGCUGGUAUUGCCUGCAGCUCCAGGAGAGACAGAGGCGCCCGUCCAGUGCCUCGUUUUCUCCCGGUCAGCCUCCCCACGGCGGGGCGGCGGAGACACGAGGCGCAGGCGACGGGUCGAACGCGACAGCUGUCGGGCUCCGAGAACGCGGCGACAGCGGAGAAGAGGACGAGGGGUCAUCGGCCGAAGACGAGCUCGAGCGCCUUUUCUUUGGAGAAGUCCGAAAACGUGAGAGAAAACGCCCCGGCGGAAGAGACGGCCAGGGAGUCGAGAAAGAUGAGGGCGACCGCCGCGGAAGGCGUGCCGGCGUGGACUCCAGAGCAGGCACGUCUGGGCCGACAGGGACGUCGCCGCCUCUGUCGCGGGCAGAGUCGUUUUCUGUUCCUUUUCCACUCCACCCUUCCCCAUAUCCCCCUUACCUGCUGCCUUCCUCUUCUGCGUCUCCCUUUCUGCCGCCGCUUUUUUCGUCGCCGUUCUCUGGGCCGCUGGAUCCUCCUUCGCGGACUGUUUCUUCGUCGUCGGUGCCUCCGGAGGCUUUCGUGCACCCUGCGGCUUUAGGGCCUUCUGGCUGGAGUCCGUGUCCUCCCGCGGCUCCCUACGUUUUGUCUCCACAUGCCCCAGGAGGCGUCUCCUCGCGUUUGCCGUCGCGAGCUGCCACCACUGAUGAGCAUGAAUCAUCCGAGAGGCGCCUGUCCUCUCAGGCAUUCCCGCCAUUUGCUUCUUCCCCGUUUCCGCCUUAUUCGUCGUUCCACCCUUCACAGCCUCCGAUGGGGGUCGGCCACGGCGGGGCAUCGCGGCCUCCCGGUCUGGCGCCCGAAGGCGACAAAAGUGCGAGGCCUUCAUGGCCCUCGCCGUCUUCGGGCUCUAGAGCCCAGACGCCCCAGUCUCCGGCCGCGGUCGUCCCGGGCGCGGCCGGAGUUGGCUUGUAUUCGCCGGACGAGACGCUGGCGUCGACGCCGGAGAAGCCUCCUGGGACGCGCCGUCUUCCGCAGGACGCACAGGCCAGCUCGGCUCUUUCUUCGCUCGCUGCCUUGUUCACUUGGGGCCAUAAAAAAGAAGGAGACACCGCAUGCGAGGCGGACAAGCCUAGCGGGACAGGUGUCCCCGUUUGCCCUCAGGGCUCCAAACAGGCGCCGAGAGACACGGGUCACUCCGCGCCCCCCUUUCCCUUCGCGAGCCCCACACGGUCGACAGCCCCGUCGGAGGCGUCGCAAGGUGGCGUGCACCACGACUGCGGACCUCGAGAGAAGGCAAACGCGCGGGAUCCCGUUCCGUCUUGCUCUUCGUCUUCCUCAGGAUCUUCGCACAGUCUAGAGCGAGGCAGCGGCGGGUUCGGCAAGGAAGAGCGCGAGACGGAGAAGACGCAGAGAGACAGCGCGGGAGGGAACGAGGGAGAGAAGAAGGAGACACACAUUAUGCUUCCCCUCCCGUAUUGGGCAACCGACACGGAGGCCAAAGCUGAGAGCGAAGGGCGUGCGUGCGAGAGCAGUGCCUCUUCGCUUUCGCCCGCGUCAUGGCACGCGUCUCCCGUAGACGCGACCAAACCGAUCGAGCAAGACUACAUUUUGUGGAGUCGGAAAACCGACGGACCGGGCCGAGGCUCCGAGAACACGCCGCCUGGGGGGCCGUCGCAGCAGGCUCUCGGUACGAGCCUCUCAGCUUCGCCCGUUGAUCGCGUCUCUUCUGUUGCUUCGCCCCGAGAAGUUCGCGAGAGAGUCGACGAGAAGGCAGGGCGCUCGAGCCUCCCAGACGGCUUUCAAACAGAGACAGGCGGGAGAGUCCCGGAGAGUUCGCCGAGUUCUUGCGGAGUGGAACUCGACGCUGUCGCCGGCCUCGCGUUUCUCCCAGCUUUUCUCUUUGGCACGGAUGCCUCCCGGACAGCGAAAUCCACUUCGCUGCCUCCCACUAAUGUCGACAUCGACGUGGUCAUUGGAGGGUCCGAUGGAGCUUCUGCCUCCGGCGCUCCGGCUCGCCCGGUGGCGGCGCUAUUGCCCUACCGGCGUCGCUUCUUCCAGCCGGCUGACGCGGCGCAGAAGUCGGGGGAAGAGAGCGAAGCGGCGGAGACACCCAGUCAGAGACGCAGCUUCUACUGCUGGCGCUUGCGAGAGAGAAGGGGGGAAUUUCGAGAAGAGCGAGCGCCUGAGACGGAACAGGCCGGACAGAAGGCCCUCGCGGAGUCUGCGAGCGGAGACUUGGCCCAGACCGGCCUGCAGGCGUUUCUGCGGGGCGCGACGGAGACAGCGAAGAAGUCGAUCCUGGGAGGACGCCGCAAACGCGAGACAGAGCCAGCCAACAGAGGCGAGCACGAAGGGAUGUACGUCAUCUCGUGGGGCGGGGCGGGUGCGCCGCCAGAGAAAGACCGCUCGAAACCCGAGAAAACGACGUUUGCGCAGGGACACACGGCUUCACAGCUCCCCACGGACCGGGAGGAGGAGGGAAGAGACGGGAGACACAAGGAGAGAGCGCGAGCUGACGCAGUGCAGCAAGGCCUGCAGGUGGAGACAGGUCAAAGUGAGGGGCGCGAGGAGCAUCUCUCGAAGGCACCUGUUUCAGGGCAAGCAGGGUGUCGCCCGGUUUGUUUUGUGGGCGGUCGAGAACAGACAAAUGGAGGUGAAGGCGAGGAACGACCGCGACUCCACGGUGUGGGGGACUUCCCUCCCAGACCAGAAGACACGUCCUCUCCGCUGUCGCCGCAUUCCUUAUCUGGGGCUUCAUCUCCUCUGUCUGUUUCCUCUGCGUUCCCGUUCGUGCGCCAGCGCCCGAGACCGGCUGCCUGCGUCUCGCCUCUGCGCCUCGCCCAGACUCCUGUCCAGGCGCCCUGGCCCUCGUCCAGCUCUUCUCGCUCUGACACGGCGAGGGAAACACACGCCGCGAGGAGCCAGCGGGGAGGCGGAGAGGCGCGCGCGUGCAAGACGGGAGGCGAGUCCGCGCCCCCACGAGGAGAGAAGAACGAGGAGACAGGGGAGACAGAAAGAGAGAAGGAGGAAACAGAGAAGGAGGGAGAGAAGGAAGGCGAGAAAGGAGAGGAAGUCAAAGUGGAAGAGGAUGGACGGCGCGACUCGCUUUGGCGGCGCAGAGGAGCAACUGCCGUCAGGACGAACAGAUCCGAGGAACACGAACGAGAUGAGACGGGCCACAUAGGAGGAGACAACGGACAGUCUCUGGCGGGAGGCGACGGAGGCGAAGACUCGGGGAAUGAAACCGAGGAAGAGGGACUGCCCAGAGAGAAGACAGAGCGAACCGCCACGCACUGCCAAACGCGUUUAACCCGAAAACGCUCGAGCGAUGCCUCGGACCGUUCUGACUGCCGAUCUUCUUUGUCUUCUAAUCGUUCCUCCUGCACUCUCCAUCCGGGGCUCGCAUCCACGCGCUCGCCACGGUCUUCGUCGUCGCACUCUUUUACCGCUUCUUCUUCCUCUUCCUCUUCCUCUUCUCCUUUCUCUUCCUCUCCUUUCUCUUCCUCUUCUCCUUUCUCGUCGUCUCUCCCGUGGAGCGAGGUGGUAGAGGCGGCCAAGACGACAGCGGUGGCGGCGGCGGUUGCGGCUUGUCGUGCCGCUGAGGUUGCGGCAAAGUCGUCUUUUUUGUCUCUGUCUUCUUCUCGCUUUUCUUCUCUCUUUCCCUCUUCUUCGGGUUCUGUACGCGGCGGGCGCAAGCGGAAUGAGAAGCUUUUUCAUCGAGCCUCGGGCGGAGGCCUCGUGACUGCUGCUCAGGUUGAAGAGGCGGCGGGGCGAAUGGGAGAGGUCGACGCGGCGGAAGGGAGUGGAGCGCGACUUGCGCCCGCGUGGACGCGUCGUUCGGGAGAAGACAGUUUCGGCUCGCUGUCUCCUUUCAUGGGGGAGACAGAGAAGAACGACGAGGUGCCGGCGACGGCUUCGUUCUCGCUCGUGCCGAAGGCCGUGAGGAGCGAGUGCGACGUGGAGAGGGAAGCGCGUUUCCUCCCUCGGGCGCAGUUCACCGGGGAGGACGGAACGGAGGGAGACCGAAGAGGCCUUGCUUCGGAGUCUCGUUAUUUAGGACACGCCUGCAGCGGGGUCGGGAGAGAAGAGAAGCGAGCAUGGGAGAGGCGCACAGAGGAAGUGAGCGAGGGAGACAGGAGAAGAGACGCGAAAAGGGACAAGCACGCAGAACGAAGACGGAUUGCCCUCCAGGAGCAACAGUUUCUCCUCAUGCUGCAACAACAGUUUCUCGUGGAAGAAGAGGGAGCGCAGGAAGAACAACACGAACAGAGAGAAGAACCAAGGGAGAAGAGGGGAGAUGAAGAACAAGUGAAGACGAGGGGAGAAGAAGAACCAAGGGAGAAGAGGGGAGAUGAAGAACAAGUGAAGACGAGGGGAGAAGAAGAACCAAGGGAGAAGAGGGGAGAUGAAGAACAACUGAAGACGAGGGGAGAAGAAGAACCAAGGGAGAAGAGGGGAGAUGAAGAACAACUGAAGACGAGGGGAGAAGAAGAACCAAGGGAGAAGAGGGGAGAUGAGGAACAAGUGGAGACGAGGGGAGAUGAAGAACCAAGGGAGAAGAGGGGAGAUGAAGAACAACUGAAGACGAGGGGAGAAGAAGAACCAAGGGAGAAGAGGGGAGAUGAAGAACACGAGGAAACGAGGGGAGAAGAAGAACCAAGGGAGAAGAGGGGAGAUGAAGAACAAGUGAAGACGAGGGAAGCAGAACCAGCAGAUCCGAGAAGAUCUAAAAAACAAGAUGAGGCCAGAACAGAAGAAGGCAGAGAAGCGGUUGUUGAGGCAUCUGAGAGGACAAACGAGGGGACGGAGAUGAACACGUGCGGAAGCGAGAGGAGAGACAAGGGGGAAGCAGGGGGAGGUGCGAAUGAAAGUCGGGGAACAAGACAAGAUGAGAAGAGUGGAGGAGAAAGGGCGGGCGGAGAGAGAUACGGCAAAACAGGCAAAGGAAAGAAGAAAGGAAGAACCCGACAUAGAGGCCAGAGAAGGUAG